CACGGUCACGUACCUUCUAGGAACUAUCGCGAAGCGCGCACCGUUCGGGGGUCUAUAAACGUCCAUUCCGGUUUCCUUCAGCCGGUCGCAAAUUUCAUUUUCGCAUCGUUUUGGUGUCCUCGGUCGCUUUCGCUUUUGCGCUUGGAUUCAUCUGCUCCUCCUGCACAAACCCUCGAAGCUUUUCGGUUUGUUAGAGAAUGGAUUCCUUCUUCCAGUCCCAGGCCGGCAUUGGAACCAGUUGGAGUUACGAAUCGCUGAAGAAUUUCAGGCAGAUCUCUCCCGUCGUACAGAACCACCUCAAGCAGGUUUACCUGACACUAUGUUGUGCGCUAUCGGCUUCUGCAGCUGGAGCAUUCUUGCAUAUUUUGUGGAACAUUGGUGGUUUCUUGACCAUGCUCGGAUGCUUCAUAAGCAUCGCUUGGUUAUUCUCUUCACCUAUAUAUGAGGAAAGGAAGAGAUUGGGCCUUCUCAUGGCUGCUUCCUUCUUUGAAGGGGCUUCUGUGGGUCCACUGAUAGAGCUAGCCAUUGACUUUGACUCAAGCAUACUUAUAACUGCAUUUGUGGGGACUGCUUUGGCCUUCGGAUGUUUCUCGGGAACCGCUAUAGUAGCUAAGCGGCGUGAGUUUCUUUACUUGGGUGGGCUGCUUUCUUCUGGCCUUUCAAUCCUCCUCUGGUUGCAGUUGGCAGCCUCCAUCUUUGGCCACUCUACUGCUACAUUCAAGGUCGAGCUUUAUUUUGGGCUGUUGCUAUUUCUGGGAUAUGUGGUCUUUGACACCCAGGAGAUCAUUGAGCGAGCACACCUUGGGGACCUGGAUUAUGUCAAACAUGCCCUGACGCUCUUCACGGACUUUGUUGCUGUUCUUGUUCGCAUUCUCGUCAUCAUGCUGAAGAAUGCAUCUGAGAAAUCUGAAGAUAAGAAAAGGAAGAAAAGAUCGUAAAGCUAACUGGAAAGGAAGGCGGAGAUCAUAUUUGCGUUGUGAAUGCAUAAAAUUGUCACCUGUCUUUUCUCGUCUAGAAAAACGCUUUUGAGUUCAUUUCUUUCUCAUCAUGUAUAGUUUGUUACUAGAGAUGGUGUGUUGCCUGCUUAGGUUUGUGCCAUACGUACCGACUCUGAUGCGGUUACUGUAACAAAUACAACGUGACCUACUGUGGAUAGGAUGUCUUUGUUUCGUUUUCGGAUGUAACCUAGCCAAAAUAGAAGCAGCAAGUUAUCGGAACUGACACUCCAUGUUAAAAGAUUUCCUCUGUA